AUGCAUCGAGAUUUACAUUCGGGUAAUAUUUUAUUAAAGGAACAAUAUGAAGCUUAUAUUACCGAUUUAGGAUUAUCAAUAUCGUUUGAUGAAAAACAAGAUGGUCAGAUUCAUGGAGUUUUGCCAUAUUUAGCGCCUGAGGUCUUGAAAGACAACACAGCAAAAGAAUCAUUUAGUGAGGACACGUCAAGAUCAUCAAAAGCAUUUGCCAAUGAUGCUUGUGAUUUGGUUCAAUUGAAACUUGCAGGAACAAACCCACAAUCUGAUAGGGCUUCAGGGUGA